AUGCCAAAUUGGAAGACGUACGAAGCAACCGUUCGCCUCCUCAGCGCCAUUGUCGCUGCCCACCCAAACCUCAAACUCGAUUACGCAGCAAUAUCCAAAUACUACGGGGAUGAGUCAAAUUAUCAGCAGAUUUGGCGCGGUAUGAAUGGUAUAAAGCGAAAUGCCGAGAGCCUCCGAAAAGCAGUCGAUGCAGGUCUCAAUGCGUCUACCGUCGAUCUCGAGAAUGAUUUUAGCGUUAAGAAAGCAAUCAGCGUUCGCUUUGGUGGAGAUUGCACCAUCUCUGCACUUGACAACAGAUUUAGGCGUCUGAAGUCCGAUGCUAAGCUGAUCAAUGCUGCCGUUGCCAAAGGAGAAGAUCCUAUCCUCAUGAACGUGGGAGAUACAAAGGGAGAAAUUGCCUGCAAAGGAAAGGGUGGGAAUGAGUUGAACUUUUUCGUCUCUCCAGUUCCAUAUCACAAGAGCACAGAUUUGUCAAUUUUGCCUACACUAAUGCUGCAUUAG